GCUUGUGACUCACAAGUUGUGAGACAUAUCGUGUGCUUCAAAUAAAUCCCAAAACACGUGACACACAGACGUGAGGGACAGACAGUCGGUGUCAUGAGUUGCUGUCCGUGCGGUCGACCACUUGAUCCCAAGGAUCACAUCAAUGGUAAUAGACAUGAAAUGACCGAAGAAUGUCUCAACCGAAUGAAUAUGAAUCCAGUCGUUGUGUUGCGACGACUGGAUACGAAGUACUACUUCCGGAGGCGACGUCCCAUCGACUACUUCUCGAGCCGAGUGGACCACUCGAGCCAAUGGGUGCGACGGCCGACGCCCCACAAUAAUCAGAUCCACGUCGACCUCCGCGGUCGGUGUCCGGCCGUCAUUAAGCUGACCGUCAAGUCUCGCCCAUCGGUUCACCGCAACCAUCGAGUGGUCGUCAAUGUGUUCCACAAGACUGUGGAUGAG